AUGACGGCGCAUAGCCCUUGCCAGCGGACAGCCCCCUUUCUCCAUCGCACCUGGCUCAAGAGUGUUAAAGCUCUCCAAGAGUCAUCCGUCAUGGGAAACAUAAUAUCUUCGCCUAUGCAUAAGUUGCCUCAUGGCGGAAGUCAUGACGGCCCGCCGCCAAAGCGACGUCGCAUUUCAUCACCCGACUCACUCGACAUGGAUCGUCUCGUCGCAUCACCACGCAUGUCUGAGUCCGGUUCAACUCUCCGCAUUGAGGUUCUCAAAAUCCUUCACAAAGACUCGAAAAGAGUCAAGACAUACUAUGGAGAAACACCCCCUGAUUUUUUCAACACAAAGGCGCGGUGUAAAGUCACCAUUUUUGACAUGAGCUCAGGUCCACCACAAGUCCUGCAUUGCCAGAGUCAGCUAUGUGACCUGAUAACCUUCCAAAACCCGGCCGGGCCAUAUCGUAUUGCCCGCGUUGACUUGCCUCGCCCGUUUUUUGUUCCUCACGAGAGCAUUCUAAUCAAUCGACCCGACGAUGGAGGUUUCGACCUGUCGGACUCGUACCAAUUGGUGAUAGAGCUGGAGGCUGCCAAUGAAACCAAUUGGCCGCCGUUGGACGAGCAAGACUUUGGCAUACCUUUGCAGUCUCUAUAUCCACCCUGGGGGACGACUCGACAGUGGAUUCUAUCUAGCACAUUUGACAGCGUUUUUGGGAGAUUAAAACAUCCUCUCAGCCUCUCAGCAAGGUAUCCAUCCGACCAAUCCAGCUACCAGACGAACUAUGUAAUGUCAGUUGACCUUCGGUGGACGGCUGGAUUCAAGGCCCUGAGACGCCUUGAAAAGGGGUCCAUGGGCUGCAUCAAUGCAAUUGAUCCAGAUGUGGACAUGUACAGCGACAGUGUCCUCGGCCAACCUUGUGAAAAUGGGGCUAAUGGCGUCAAUGGUCAUAUACACGGCGAAUCACUUCAUGACCAAGAUGAUGAGCUUACUGGGGAUCAGACUCCAUCUCGAUCGUUAAGAACUCGAGAAAAGAACAAGAUAUAUAAUCUGAAAGUACUCAGCGAUCAAGCAAUCGGGAGAGAGAAGAAACAGCGCGGGAGAAAUCUUAAUCCAGAGACGAAUGACGGCCGGGUGCAAUACAUCCUACCAACUGACCAACCCAUUUCUUUGGACUACCACCGCUGUGUAAGUUGCGGCGCGUAUCAUGACUCAAUGGACCAACUGCAGCUACACCUACAAUCGUCUCACCCAGCAUACAACUAUAUCCUUGAGUCGACAAGCCAGGGCCCCCUAUUUCGAGUAUCUUCACUUCGGGAACCGACGGUUUCUCCGCACAAAGCUAUUCAUCUGGGACGGGCAACGAAGCCCUUCAACCUUCAAACCCUCAUAUCCGGGGACCAGAGUUGGGCAUUGUCGCGACUCGGGCUUGAUGCAGACGAAGUCUUUAAGUCUCCAACAAAGAGCUUUCUUGACCGAGUGCAGUCAGGAUCGCCCGUUGCAAAGCCUCCUAAACUCCCAUUACGCCGACCUGUCAAGGCGACAAAGAUCAGCAAGGUUUUGGUGCCAAAAAUUCCACAACCACUUUUCCACCCUAUAAGCAAAGCCAAGUUGAAGCCUGGGCAAGAAGUCCCUCAGAAUGUUCUGGACAGUACUUGGUUGAUACAAAGGCACCGUGAAAGCAUAGCAGAAUUCUCUGAUGUCACUGCGGCGGAGAAGGAGUAUAUAUGGGAAUGGGACGGCUAUAUUCUACAGCAGAACAUUACCUCAGCUGCGUAUUUCUCCCGUAACUGGCUAGGUUUUGUUGAAGAAAAGGCCAGCUGGCUCUCCGGGAAAGACCACCGGAUGCUUGAGUUUGGUAAACACGCAAGUGUGCUGUUGGCACGAGAUGCCCUGGAUGAUGAGGACUUGCAGCAAGCUUUCAAGUACAUCAAUGAAGCAAGAGCAAAACUUACCCAUGGCCAAACCCAGCAAACGGAGACAUCGGGAAUCGAUGGGCAGGCGAAAGACAUGGCCAGCACCAAGCAGUCCCUGAAAGUCUCGCAAAUCCGCAAGGGGGCCAAUGGCUGCACCGUUUGCCAACUUCCCGUUCUCGGCCCGCGGCUCCUCUUGUGCGCCAAUGUCGUAAGAUUCCCCAAACCCUGCUUGCAGUGGACCGAGAGAACGAUAGAGAGAGUCCUAGGCUAA